AUGAUCGAUGUCACCGACCCAUGCUUCCUGCGGCUCUUGCGCCUGAUCUCGCCCACGCACAACCACCAGCUGUGGACAGAAAUGAUCCAUGCCAACGCGUUCUCGCGCGGCCGCAUCCACACCGACAGCGCCAAACUGGCACAGAGCAUCCCACUGCACGAGCUCCCCGAUUACUCGCAUGGCGUAGUAGUGCAGAUCGGCUCGUCAACGCCCGGGGAUGCUGCGGUGGCAGUCCAGGAGCUGGGUAGGCUGGGCGUUCGGCACGUAAACCUGAACUGCGGGUGUCCGUCGCGCAACGUCCAGAUGGGCGCGUUUGGAGCCGUGCUGAUGCAGAGCCCUGAGCUGGUAGGGCAGAUUGUUAGCGCGAUGGCGGAGGCAGCCACUGACGGGAUGCAGGUCAGCGUCAAAUGCCGGAUCGGAAUCGACCACGACGAGUCGUUCGGGUUCUUACAGAGAUUCAUCGAGACGGUCAGCCGAUCGACCACCCACCCGGUCAGCUUCGUGCUGCACGCACGCCGCGCUUGGCUCGACGGGCUGUCGCCAGAACAGAACCGCAAAGUGCCGGUGCUCAACUACGAGCGAGCAUACGAGAUGAUCAAGGAGUUUCCACACACAUCAUUUGUGGUCAACGGCGGCAUAGACUCGGUUGAUUCGGUGCAGCAGCAGCUGGACAAGGCCGACGGUGUUAUGCUAGGCAGGAAGAUCCGCGAGGACCCGUGGUUCCUGGCGAGCCUGGACCAGCACAUCUACGGGGUAUCUGAGUCGCAGAUCCCAGUCGCAGGAAUCGGUGCUACCGCAGUACCUGCGGUUUGCCGACGCUAUGCACAGCGACUAUGCUACGCGGUACACAGUCCUGGCACGCCCGCUGUACGCGUUCUUCCGAGGCGGCAAGGGCAGGGCGUUGCGGCGGCACCUGGGCCAUGCGAUUUCGCAGGCAAAGGUCCGCAAUGGUGA